AUGGAUCUGAGGCUCAAAAUGUCAAAGGUCUCAUCGACCAACCGGGCCGCGUCACAAACCAGAAGUUUACCAGCACUGGUACGAAUCACCCCUCCAACAACCAUCUUUCCUCCCCCCCCCCUCCAAGUCGCUACAGCUGCAGCACAACGACUACAUCUCAACAAAGACAUGGACUCUGUAAGCUUUUAUUCCAAAUCACUUCCCCCCUAGAUAGUCCCUAUUGCUAAUGAUCACAGCACUCGGGCGCCUUUAGCUGGCGGCUUUCAGCUCAUCCGCUAACGCUCGGUUUCUUUCUUGCGUUUCGUCUAGGUUUGAUCUCUGCUCUUCCCCUCCUCCUCCUCCUCCUCCUCCUACCCGGCGCAUCCAUAGCUAAUAAUAAAUCACCUGAAUAGCUUCAAUAUUUACAUACCUCUUUGGCCUCUGGUUCUCUCCGAAAUUGUAUCCUCCCCUCACUUGGCGCUUCCACAAAAAAAAAAAACUCACUGACACGCAUCCUCCACAGUGUUCUGAUCUUCAUAAUUGUAAUUCUCCUCCUAGCCGCGGACUUCUACUAUUGCAAGAACAUCGCGGGCCGCCGUCUCGUCGGCCUCCGCUGGUGGAACGAGACGAACCCAGAGACCGGUGAGCAAACCUGGGUCUUUGAAUCCCCCGACGAGACGCGCCAGAUCAACGCUACAGACUCGCGCUCCUUCUGGCUUACCAUAUACGUCGUCCCACUGCUGUGGGUAUUUCUGGCUAUCAUCGCCAUCGUCCGGUUCGAGUUCAUCUGGCUCUCCCUCGUUGUCAUUGCUAUUAUCCUAUGCGUCACCAACGGCGUGGCGUUUUCUAGGGCGGAUAAGUUCGGGAAUGCUAGUUCCUUUGCUGGCUCCGCGUUGAAUAGCUCUGGUGGUGGUGCGGUCAGGAGGUUUGCUGGGAAUAUGGCCACCAGGAUGUUUUUCUCCGGUGGGAGAUGAAUUUGUUUCAGUGGCGGUAGAGAGUUCUUUUUGUUUGCCGAGAUUCUGCGAAGGUUGAACCCAUCUGGUAGCGGCGACAACGACAACGAAAUGGCUGACUGGGCGGGUGGGCGGAUUGACCCCAGUUAAAAGGUUGGACAAAAAGGAGUGUAAUUUUAUGGCGUUCUGUUGCUUCAAUUUACUUUGGAAAUCAAUC